AUGGACUUUUUCGAGCCGCGGAGGGCCUACAAACGGGCAGGUACAGAUUAUCUCGAGCUCAAGAGCACAGAGGUCGACUCCGCGACCAGAGAUCAAUCGCCCCUCAUCGCCGAUUACAGUGAUCCUAUUCGAACAGACCCGUCAUACUUGUCAGGAAAGUCUCUGAGACACCGUUUCCUCACCCUGCCAAAGGGGCUUAGUGGGUGGCGCACCGGUGCCAUUACAGCCGCGCUUCUUGGAGUGGUAUCUUUUCUCAUCAAUCUUGUGGUGGUGUCCUGGCUUACAGCGCGCGGUCAAGGUGCCAGCCUUGUGGAAGUCUACAGCGGUCACUGUGGCAAGGUCGAAUCCCUGGACAUCUGGAUCCAUCUGGCCAUCAAUACGAUCAGCACUCUGCUACUCGGCGGCUCCAAUUACUGCAUGCAAUGCCUCUGCGCCCCCACAAGGGAGGACGUGAACCGCAGCCAUGCGAGGGGAGUAUAUCUCGACAUAGGAGUGCCGAGUGUGAGGAAUAUGAGGAGUAUCUCGAGCCACAAGUUGAUUCUUUGGUUGGCCCUGGGACUGUCGUCCAUCCCCUUGCAUCUCAUGUACAACUCGGCAUUCUACAAAUCACUUGAAGCAAACGACUACAAUUUAUUCUUUGUGACACAAGACUUUAUCGACGGCAAAGCGUUUGUGCCCUGGAAAGGUGCGAGUGUUCCGCCCAGCCAACAGGAUAUCCAGUCUUCGCUUCUCACUCAUCCGGAGACGUGGGAACGCCUGGAGAAGAAGGAGUGCAUCCAUUCCUAUGCCACCACGUUUCUAACCAGUCGAAGAAACUUGAUUUUGCUAUCAAAUAACAGUACGAGCCAGGCGAACGAGAGCGUAUUGAAGGUUGACUUCUAUACGUCGGGAAGUGUGCAGGCUUUCGACUGGAUUUGCACUAGUGAUCCCAAUAUGGAUACCAAGGUUGGCAUGCCGCAUGGGUCGCAUGGCAACAUACAGCCAUGCGAAACGUGGGUCUCAAAAGUUGAAGCCAUCGCUUCUCAAUGGCGCCCCUACGAUUACGACGUCGAAUAUUGUCUUUCUGAGCAAGUCACUGAGAAAUGCAGCUACAAUGGCAACAUUCCCAUCAUAGCAAUUGUUCUGUCAUGCAAUGCUGUCAAGAUUGUGAUCAUGCUCUUCGUCGCAUUUCGCUUGAAAGAUAACCCUUUGAUCACGGUGGGAGACGCCGUGGAAAGUUUUCUGAACGAAAAUGAGACGUCGACGAAAGGCCUCUGCUUGCUGAGCAAGAGCGAUGUGGUCAUGGCCAUAAAGACAAAGAGCCACUGGUCGCUUCGAGCCAAAAAGGGAGAGGGCCAAUUGAGCCCCAGAGUGGCCCGGCUGCGCACAAAACGUGGGCUUGAAUCUGCAAGCAUCACGCGGUGGUCACUGACCACUGGCCUCACCGCCCUGGCGUUGAUCGCGGUGGCCUUCCUUCUCGCCAUCGCAACCAAAACUAUCAAAUCCUACGGCUUCAACAUUGGCUCGAUUGGCUUUGGUAAAGUCACUCAGGCGGGCGUGAUCACCGGUUGGUCCAUCGGUGCCGCCGACUCUGCAACGUCGAGAAUUCUCUCGUCGAUCCUCAUUGCAAACUUACCACAGACAAUCUUCAGCUUCUUAUACCUCAACUUGAACGGAGUGUUGACAAGUAUGUGGUUAGCGCGCGAAUGGAGUCAAUUUGCCAGCGAGAGAAAGCCACUGAGAGUAUCGAAGCCAAAGGCAAGUCAAAGAAGCACGCACUUCUUACAGUUACCCUACAAGGUCGCCGUGCCCUUGAUGGUUAUGUCCGGCGCCUUGCACUGGGUGAUCUCGCAGAGCAUCUUUUUGGCCGUGGUUGCGGAGUAUAGGGCAGACGGGAGUCUUCUUGACCCUACUUUUAUUGCCACAUGCGGAUUCUCUCCCAUGGCCAUGAUUAUCGUGCUUGUACUGGGAGGGCUCCUGGUUGUGGUCACACUGGGACUUGGAACGGUGAUGAAAUAUGAUGCAUCGAUACCCUUGGUGGGGAGUUGUAGUGCGGCUAUUGCGGCAGCGUGCCAUCAGCCGAGUUGGGACACCGAUGCUUCACUGAAGGCUGUGCAAUGGGGCGCCAUUCCUGGAAUGGACAAUAGUGCUGGGGUCGGGCAUUGUGCUUUCAGCAGCGGCGAGGUCGAACCUGUACAGGACGGGAGAUCAUAUGCUGGGAUUCUGGACGAGAUGAAGGCAAAGGACGUGGUCUACGGAGGGACGAAUGGGCUAUAG